AUGCUGUCUCGUUUUAUCUCGAAAUCCUCACAUCUUCGAUUAUUCUCUCUACUUUCCCACAAAACCCAAUUCCUCUUAAACCCUAAACCCUCCUUUCCAUAUUUCUUCUCCACUGGUAACAGCAAAGAUUCAACUUCUGAUUUCCAGAAACCUUGGAGUUUUGAUGAAGGAGAACCAGUGUUCGAUGUUGUUGGAGAAACUGAGAUGUUGGGUUUUGAAGAGGAGAAAAAGAUUCUUCAAUUGGAACAGAAAGCUCUUACUCAGGUUCUUAAAGGUUCUUGUACCGAUGAUGAAUUGACAAUCAAAAAGAAUAAACUUAGUAAUCCCUCAGUAAUUUUGGAAGUAAUUGAGACUAUCAAGGGCGGUGGGGAGGAUUUGAGGCACAAGUUAAUUUUGGCGGCUUCAAAACUAUCACUCAACUCCGUUAUUGAGAUUUUUGACCUUUUGAAUGAACAAAGAAUAUCUGGAUUGAAGUUCUUUAAUUGGCUUCGGGUUUCGCAUCCUGAAUUUUAUCGCAGUGCUUAUGUCAAUAGUCUGAUUAUAUGUAAUUGUGGAUGGUUAGAUGACUAUAAAACAAUGAUCUCUUUGUUGGAGGAGUUUAAGGCUGAAAAAACUUGUUUAACUGACAAGGCUUUUGGGUUCUUAACUGUAGUUGGAUCGAGUAAGGAUUCAUUGAUAAAUUCGACCAAAAAAGUGGUUGAUAUGCUGAAUGAUGUUGGAGGAUCCUGUCGUGGUUCUGGUGUCUAUGGAUUAAUCGAGAUGUUCUGUUGCUUGGACUUGUUCGAUAUGGCAGCAUUUGUAACAGAGAUCACUGAAAGAACAGCUUCGCACUACAAUAUUUUGAUCCGUAAAAGGUGUCGAGCAGGCCAAAUCGAAGAAGCACGAGCUAUUAUCAAAGAGAUGUCUGAAUUUGGUUGUUCUCCUAACACCAAGUCAUAUAACUACCUGCUUGGCUCAUUGUGUAAGAAUGAUAAGAUGGAGUAUGUGAAUACUGUGCUCGAAGAAAUGAGAAAUAAGGGUCUUAAUGCAGAUGCAAUUACUUUUGAAACUUUAGUAUAUCAUUCAUCUAGUCGUGGUCAAGUUGACUUUGCCUCUAAAUUUUUGAAUUUGAUGGUAAAUAUGAAUGUGGAACCUCGUUCUACUACUCAUGUUGCAUUUCUUAAAGUGUUGCUUGAAGCAGGAGAGCGUGAGAAAGCAAAUAAGUAUGUGAUUGACAUGAGUGCCAAGUAUAACCACUCUGUCAAUACACUAUACAGCUUGCUUGUAAGACUUCAUCGGAAGAAAGGAGACAUUAUGACUGCUCAAAACAUUCUCAAUGAAAUGAUUGACAAGGGUCUCAAGCCGGACUUUGGAAUUUUCAUUGAAAUUGUAAAGCAGCUCCAGAAGACUGGCAGGAAAACUUUAGCUCGAGAUCUUAGGACGAAAUACUCUGGUUUCUAUUGUAGUACAAAAGCUAACAAUUCUUUAUCCAAUCCUUUUGUCCCAUGCCAAGGUUGAAUGUAUCUCUCUAGCUGGUUUGUCUGUGGAAGAAAGCUUGGGAGUGUGCAUUAUUUGCUUUUUGCCGAAAAGUUGAUUGAAGAAAAUUUUCAGGUAUUUGACCUGCUCUCUACUUCACUCUUUUGCGCUGGAACUCAUACAAUGCCUCCUUCAUUGCCUCUGCCAUUGACUUUGUCUCGCCUCUCCUCAGCCUCCAUCAACGUCACCUGCAUUACACCUCCCAAGGUUUGAUUUUCUCCUUCUUGUCAGCUUCAGCUCCCUGGGUUUUUGGCUAAUAUUCAGUUUUUAGUAUCUAUAUUGUGCACUUUGUGUUACUCAAGUAUUUUUACUUCACCUUCUUGCCUCUGGUUUCUACUUUCAAUCCUCUUUAUUUAUUGAAUGUAUACAGAUAUGUGCAUCGGUAACCAUCUGAAGCUAAGAACCUAAUCAAUCACAUAUAGAUACAGAGGAAAUAACGACACAACGUGCCUAGCAAUACUGCUGGUCAGGUUGUUGUUUUUUUCGCAAAGUUUCACAUUACUCUUGUUUUCACUACUGGGUUGAGCAAAUCUUGGGCGAAAGAUUUUCCAUACUGCAGCUGUGGUUGCUGGGAGUCCAGGAAGCCAUGGUUAAUUGAAAAAAAAUAGAGGUUGCACCUCCUUAGAAAAUGAUGUUUCACCUGAAGAUUAUGUUUGGCUUCCUGUGUCACACUGAAUAUUUACUUCUGAAAAAGCAAAGCAGCUCUCUUUGGGCAAAGUGUCUAAUAAUCGUUUUCAAGUUGCAACCAAAAAAUGUCAGAGAGGCUUUGCGAGUCGGAGCUCUUAGAAAGUUGGGAAGUCCAUCAAAAAGAUCUGGUCUUUGGUUACUGGUUGUAUUUUGUGGUGCUUGUGGACAGAAAGGAACCAAAGAUGUUUUGAUGGCAUUCCAAUUGCCAUCCCUACUCAUAAGGCUAGAUGUUUGGUUAACCUCUUUAGUUGGAUCAACCUCAUCCCUGUAAUUAGUAUCGACUCUUUUUUGGAAUUCAUCAGCUCCAUUCCAUAGGUCUAUAUGAUAGUCUCUUUUGUCUUUUGUGGGCUGAUAA